CGAGUCUUUUCAAUUGUCCAUUAGCUUUGACACUAGGACGACGUUCGGCUAAAAAAUAUGCGUACUUUCCUUGUAGCAGCUUGCCUUCUGGGCGCUUUGACGGUCAGCGUAAACGGUCACGCCCGUCUCAACAGGCCUCCAGGUCGUGCAACUCUGUGGCGUUAUCAGGAGUUUGCCAAGUUCAACCCACCCAAGAACUACGAUGAUAAUCAAUUGUUCUGUGGUGGUGCACAGGUCCAAUAUGAAGUGAACGGAGGAAAAUGUGGCAUCUGCGGAGAUCCAUGGAACGUUCCCCAACCACGACCUCACGAGGGGGGUGGAGAAUUUGGGCGUGGCAUCAUUGUUGCAGAAUAUAAGGCAGGACAGGUUAUCGAUAUCGAAGUAGAUUUGACGGCAUCUCAUCUCGGAUACUUUGAGUUCAGGCUCUGCAAGCAUAACAAUCCCCUCGUUCCAGUGACACAGGCAUGCCUGGACGAGCACGUUCUUCAACUCGCUGACGGUUCAGGGACUCGAUACCCAAUUCCAUCUUUCGACAGAGGACUUCAAACCUUUCAAGCCAAGCUCCCCGAAGGCCUUAUCUGUGACCAAUGUGUUCUCCAAUUCCAUUACCACACUGGUAAUUCAUAUGGGGCUUGCGAGAGUGGUAGCUGGGAGCUUGGAUGCGGGAACCAGGAAACGUUCAGGUCUUGCGCUGAUGUCAGGAUCACUGCUUGAAAAUGAGAUACCUUUUAAAAAUGAUGAUAUGAACAGUAGUUUUUUUCUAAUUGGCCAGUGUUCAUUCAUUCAUAUGCAGUACAUAUGUAACAAAAAUGUAUAGACAUUAAAUAAAUAAAUGAGCAUUAGUUUUGUA